AUGAGCACGGACGCCGAGCAGCUCCUGGCAGCCGGAAUUCCCCUCUGGAGCAUCUCCAGCUGGGCCGGCUCGGAGCCGCCCCCCAACAGCAGCAGCAGCGGCGGCGGCGGCGGCGGCGGCGGCGUCGGCAGCGCGGAGGAGGCGGCGAUGGCGCUGGCGGCGCCGGGCGAGGCCGGGCGGGCCCCGGAGCGCGGCGGGAGCGCGGCGGAGAUCGCGGGCAUGGUGGUGCUGCAGUGCGUCUACGGCCUGGUGUGCCUGCUGGGGCUGCUGGGCAACGCGCUGGUCAUCUUCGUCAUCCUGCGCUACGCCAACAUCUACCUGCUCAACCUGGCCAUCGCCGACGAGCUCUUCAUGCUCAGCGUGCCCUUCGUGGCCACGGCGGCGGCGCUGCGGCGCUGGCCCUUCGGCCGCGCUCUCUGCCGGACCGUGCUGGGCGUGGACGGCCUCAACAUGUUCAGCAGCGUCUUCUGCCUCACCGUGCUCAGCCUGGACCGCUACAUCGCCGUGGUGCACCCGCUGCGCGCCGCCUCCUACCGCCGCCCGCGCGUCGCCAAGCUGGUCAACGGCGGCGUGUGGCUGCUGGCGCUGCUGGUGGCCUCGCCCAUCCCCGUGUUCGCCGGCACGGCGGUGACCCGCGACGGCCGCGCCGUGGCCUGCGACCUGCUGUGGCCCAGCCCGGCGUGGGCGGCCGCCUUCGUGGUGUACAGCAGCGCGCUGGGCUUCGUGCUGCCCGUGGUGGCCAUGGCGCUGUGCUACCUGCUGCUGGCCGGCAAGAUGCGCGUGGUGGCGCAGGGCGUGGGCUGGCAGCAGCGGCGGCGCUCCGAGGGCAAGCUGACCCGCCUGGUGGUCACCGUGGUGGCCAUGUUCGUGGUGUGCUGGCUGCCCUUCUACGUGGUGCAGCUGCUGGAGCUGCUGCUGCCCGGCCGGCUGGACGCCAGCGCGCACAACGCCUCGCUGCUGCUCAGCUACUCCAACAGCUGCGCCAACCCCAUCCUCUAUGGAUUGCUCUCCGAGAAUUUCCGCCACUCCUUCCAGGGCGUGCUGCGCCGCUGCCGCGACGCCGGCCUGUGCUGCUGCCGCGCCGCCGAGGGCCACGGAGGGGACAGCGAGGAUGAGGAGGAGCCGCUGGAUUACUGCGCCGCGCCCCGCGGAGACGCCAAGGGCUGCGUGUGUCCCCCCCUGCCCUGCCAGCAGGACCCCCUGCGCCCCCAGCCCUGCUGCGCGCCCGGGGCCCUGCUCCCCAAAACCACCCCUUUCUAG